AUGCAUGACGAAACUACUAGGCAAGAACUACUGCAAGGCUCUGGAAGAUCCAACAGCCUGCCUGUCAAUGAGAUCAAAAAAUUUCGAGAAAUUUUCCUUCCAUUCCUCAUCAUUUGUAUUGCAUGUGCGCCUGUCGCUUAUCUUCUUUCGUUUCUCUUAACCGAAUACAUUUUACCACGAGACGUUUGUCACAAACGUGUGGUUGGAUAUUAUACAGUUUGGGAGAAGAAGACGCUGACUGUGAAUCAACUUGAAAAUUUGACCCAUCUCAUUUUUAUGUUUGCUUACAUAACCAGUGAUGGAAGUGUUAAAGUCAAAGAAGGAGCAUAUACAACGAGAGCGUAUGACAUGAAGGAAGUUAUAAGCAUGGCUAGAAAAAAUGGGAGUCUCAAAUUGAUGAUGGCCGUUGGCGACCACGACGCAACCGUGUAUCCUUCGAUGCUUUCGGAUCCUGUGAGAAAGAACACAAUCACUCAACUGUUCGAAGAAUACGACAUUGAUGGAAUUGAAAUUUUCUGGAUGUACGUUUCGGAAAAGGAUAAAGUGAAUCAUAUGAAACUGAUUCGAGAAGUUCGGAAACAUUUGACAUCUUUGAAGACUUCGAAAGGAAAAAAAGAAGAUUAUGUGUUUAGUACUAUCUCAUCUCGGUACACUGGGAAUCGCGAACACAUCUACAACAAUGAAGUUUUGAAAUACGUGGAUUUCCUAACCGUUCAAUCUCAUGAUUGGUCGUAUUUGAACAAAUAUGUUGGACCGGUUGCACCAUUAUACGGAGGACCGAAGGAUAGUAUUGAUGAUGCCAUGAAAUAUUUGGUCUGCCAAACCGAACAACCAAGUAAGCUGAAUCUUGGAAUUCCGAUGUUUGGCAUCCAGUGGAUAAACACUUCGAUGCCGAUCGAUGACUCUAGAAAUCAACUUUCAAUACCAAAGAAAGCUGGAGAAAAGCAAUACUCUUACUUUUUCUGGAGAGAAGAGGAGGCCAAAACCUUUAUUCCUUCUGAAGUUUCAUGGCAUGCAAAAUCACAGACUCCAUAUAUGUUUCGAAAUAAUAUUUUUCUAAGUUUCGAAAACGAAAGAAGUGUUCAAGCAAAAGCCAACUAUACAAGAAUGAAGAAUAUCGGAGGAAUAGCAAUUUAUGCGAUUGAUCAAGAUGAUAAAUAUGUUCUGGUGAACGCUAUAUCAUCAGUGAACUUAUGUUCCGGAGAAGAUGAAAAUAAAAUUCAAUAUGAUUGUAAAUAA